AUGGCGGACGCGAUGCUCUCCUCGCCAGAUCCUCUCCAAGAUACUCCAGCCUUUCAAGCACCCCCAAAAUUGCGACGCGCUUCAAAAGCCAGAAGCUCUCUACCCUCCAAGGGAAGUUCCCCAAAGAAGCAGACUUUCAACCUCGAUGUCGGAGAUCAAAUAUCCCCGCAGAAGAUACGAGUUACCGUUGAGGCAGGCGAAUCUGAUAACGAGAAUGCAUAUACCCACUACAUCGAAGGCAGAGACAGCUCGCCCUCAAAGUCUCGCGCGCCAAAUAAUCGACGCCGAGAACGAACAACUACCACCAGAGUGCCUGUCAAAGGACUCUCGGACUCCGGGGAAGAGACGCAGCAUGUUCCAACACCCAAGAGAGGCAGAGGGCGACCUAGAAAGUCUAUCGGAACUCCUAUACCUGCGAAGAAACGCGGACGCGCCGGUACCCCCACCAAAAAAGUCAAUGCUCGGAGAAAAUCCGUCGACGUGUCGGGGAAUGAGAAUGAAGAGGAUGGUAGCUUUCAGAUUGGCAAAGGCGUAGAGAUUGGGAGAGGAAAGGGAAGGCCGAGGUCCAGAUCCAAAAAGACAGCAGCCCAAAAGUCAACUCCAGCAUCUGAGCAACCUGCUUCAGACCAGGUAGUAUCAAGUAUUACUAGCAAGAAAGAACACGGCCGGAGGGAGACUCUAUUACCAGAAGAUGUCGCAGUUUUGGAAGAUACUAGAAACGAUGCCGGUAUGGAGAAUAAUGGAGCAGGCGAAUUGGAGGAAAUAAGUGGAGCUUUGCAGCCCAUUGAUUCAAACGACCAGUACCCAUCCUCUGCCUAUUCAACUAUUCGAUCAAUAAAUGCAAUUGAGGAUGCAUAUCCAGAUGUUACCAUUGCUAGAUUUCAUCCUGGCGAAGAAACUCCGCGCAAGGCUGGCUGGUCGAGCCCAAGGAUUGUCGAACCAAUACAGCAGUCUCCUUUGACCCAUGUCGGAAUGGUCUCUGUACCGCCCUCAGACAGAUAUCAGAGCGAAGAUCGACAAGAUGAAGGUGGAGAGGACGAUGAAGCACGGGACGGCCUCGGUGACAUGGGAGAAUUUGAUACCAUCUUGGAGAGCGAAGGAUUCAGUAUGAUAUCUGUCGAUUCGGUACAUUCACUGCGCGAGCACCUGAGUAGCCCUAUGAAUCAAAAACAAGAAAGCGAACCAGCAAAGCCCUUGAAGAACCAGAAUCUGCUCUCCGUUCAGGAGGCCGUAUAUGACGACUCCUUUUCAGAAAUCCCAGAAGAAGUGCUGGAAGCAGCUACCCCAGCACGAAAAGCGCCAAAUCGACAGCUACUUUCUGUCCCAAACCCACGACUGGAUGAUACUUUCUCAGGCAUACUUCCAGAAAUUCUUGAGUCUACAACACCCGCACCCGCCCAGACGUCACAAGUAUCGAGGUUGAUGUCGUCGAAUAAAUCGAGAGUUGACAAAUCCAUCUCGAGAAGAGCAACUGGUGCUCCUGAAACAUCGACUUCUGCUGAAGGACUUCCCAAAGAAAUAAUUUCGGCACAGAAGCCGCAGAACCAAGAAUUUUAUGAGGAUUCUUUCUCGGCAAUUCCGGAGGAUGUAUUAGAGGCAGCAACUCCAGCCCCAAAGGUUCAGGCAGUAUUGAAACCAGCCGGGUGUUCAAUAUCAAACGGAUUGCAACCGCCUACCUCUAAGCUGGAUCUUUCUCGCUCUCAACAAACUUUAAGCCCUCGUCUCCUGACUCCCGAAGAGACUCCAUCUCCACCCAUCGAGCCCUCAACUGAGAAAACAUCACAAUCGAGUGGCAAAGCAUCAUCACAUUCUUCCGGAGGGGGCGCCAAGGAGAAGAUAGAGAUUGAGUCAUCCAUAAACAAUUCCCACAUGCCUUCUUCACCUCCAUCGAUAGCUUCUAAAAGGUAUACCUACACGGCACAUCUUCGCAAAAAUCGGCAACUAAAUCCAGAUUCGACGGAGACACCAUCGAUCGUAUUUUCUUCUCCAUCUUUACCGCCUCUUGUUCAACAGCCGCGACGACACCCUAAUUCAGGCCAAAGUUCGGAAACAAGCCAACGACCGCCCCUGUCUCCCGUUGCUCGUGCUGGUCGUGUGCUACAAGAUAUACAUAUACCAUCUUCACCAAGAAGUCGAUCGCAAAGCUUGGGCAGCCCUUUCAAAAGCCCUAAUUCUGACCGGCAAUCUCCGAGUGUGGCACGAGAGGCCCAGCCUUUCCCAUCUCAGGAUCGCUCUGCAAGGCCACUUCCCCAACUUGAUUUCACUGGUAAUUUGACAGCCUCGUCACAAAGUUGGAAUCGUCAGGCUAGCCAGGGUGACCCUUUCCACGACAAUAUUGCGGUUACAAACUCUUCUCAUGAGAGAGAGUUUAGUCUUGAGGUGCACAGCCCGCGAUCACAGGACAUCUCUCAUUCACGACUAUCUACUAUUAGAUCGGAUGCUGAUUCGGUUCGGAGUGAUGAUGCUAUGAGCUGGCAAGCAGAGAAUGAAGUCCCUCUCAGCGGCAGUGCUCUAUCCACCAAUAAUAGCGCCAACUUAUCUGUGAAUACAAGAAGCUUUUCAGCUGCGAGUACUGGUAAAAUCAACUCAACUGGGAAUCAAAGGGAUGCAGCUGAAAGGGCUGAUAUUAGCAAGCAGAUUGAGUCUGCCAGGCCAAGUGAAGUUAUCGUGAUAGAUUCUGAGGACGAUCGGCCCAGCGCUGGUCGUGGUGACGAGGAUGAGGAUUUUGAUUUAUUGUUGGAGACAAUGAAUUCUUCCUCGCCAAUAGUAUCACCAUAUCAAAGUCAAGGACCCUCCAAGGAGGUGUUUGAGAAGCCCAGGAGAAGCAAAAUACCAAGCCCAUGGAGAAAGAACAGCAAGCGCUUGGUGUAUAAUGAUGAACUGUCAUCGCCAACUCUUACGUCUGCUAUUAGCCUUGGCAAGAAUAUUGCAGGCAACGCUUCCUCCAAACCUGUGACCGUGAAACAAGCUUUCACAGCUCACCAAGAGAGUGACAAUACCAAUGAUGUUGAUCUCUCAGGAUGGCAGAUACCACAGAAGUCAAACUUUCAACCGCGCCCAAGAGAAAGUGGUAACCUAGACCUCUCUGCAUUAUUUGCGAAUUCUCCUCCCAAGAAGCUACCUGUGCUGUCAACAAGUUCGCGCAACACUUCUUCUCGAGUAGAAGGUAACUCGGACCGGUCACAACCAAGAGAAACUAGCAGUAUUGAUUCACGUCUCAACCGCCCGAGAGAAGAAACAUCUUUCGCUCCAAUCCCACAGAAGCAAGGUUUUAAUCCACGGCCUCGUAGCGAAGUUGCAUCAUCACCUCUAAAGCAGCCAAUAUUGGGUCUCUUCGAUCAUCCACCAAGCCGUCCAAUCUCCACCCCACGCCCAGAAUCCUCAUCCUCAGCCACACACCCCCUCGUUCCCUCCUCUCAUAGCAGAAGCAACAUCCAAGCCAACAUACAGACUCCAGCCGCCGCAUCACCAGAUUACCUCAACGACUCUGCCUCUUCCCUCACGGAGAGAGAAAAUCAACUCAACAUCACCCGCACCCUGAAAUGGACAAAAAACAUUCACCUAUCCUCAAGCUCAAGCUCAGAAUCCCACGCACCAGCUUUGACAUCUCCAACGAAAUCCAUCCUACGCUCCAACUCCCCUUUCAAAACACCCUCCGCCACAUCCUCAAACCUCAGCCCCUCAAAAGCCGUAACAUUCGUAUCCUCGUCUCCCAUUCCCCCCUCUCCAUCCCUGCCUUUAUCCGCAACAACUUGGUCGCAUGGUCACUGGCUGCUCUUGGAUCGCAUACUACAGAGCUGGAAGCCUGGUUCCGAGAAAGUUGAAAGGAAGAAGAGGAAUUCCACCAGAGUUGUCAGUAGAUUGCUAGGUCGGAAAGUACAUGAUGCGCGCGGCGAGAGCAUGGUGAUGGAGCAGUGGCAUUUGGAGGUUGUGGAUGAGUUCCGGGGGAAUGUGGACGGGUGGGAGGAGAAGGGGGUUGCGAUGAGGGUCUUUGCGCUUUUGAUUGGCGAGGGGAAGAGGAGGGAACGAGAGAAAGGGGGGGGAGAGGCAGAGUGGGAGUGA